AGUUCACAGUGAAGGUUAGGCGUCUCUCACUCCUUGACUGAGACCAUCAGUUUGAGAUAUCUUUUAAUGUCUGGAUGGUUUUAUCCUGUUACUGCGAUGGAGACAAAGAAGCAGGUCGGAUGGCGAAAGCUAUUUCUGAUUCUCACAGUGCUGCCCUGCUGCAGGAGCUUACAGGUUUCUAUUCCUGAGCCUGAAUACAUGGUUGCAAGAGGAGGCGACGUUGCCUUGACCUGCUCCUUCAAACCAGCCCGAACCGACUUCAAAACAAUUGUCCUCAGAUGGGAUGUCGAACCCAAGAAAAUCAACGCUGCAAUGGAAUCGGUGGCCACCUACUUUAUCAAUAAUCCUAUUGACAUUGCACCUGCCUUUGAAGGCCGAGCCACUCUGGAGGUCGACCUUCAAAACUAUGUGAGCACACUCACACUGAAAAAGGUGACAAUACAGGACAGCCGUCGUUUCCAGUGCAGCGUCUUGAUUCCCAAUGACGACGAGGGAAACACAGCUGCCUCCACUUCCCUUUUGGUCUUGGUGCCGCCCUCUCCGCCGGUCUGCAGCAUAAAUGGGCGAGCAGAGUACUGGAACGACAUCUCCCUCACCUGCUCGUCUGAGGAGGGAUCCCCUCAACCUGUCUAUGAAUGGAAGGACUUCGAUGUCAGAUACGCUCCCAGACCAUUUCCACCAAAGACAACUGAAAAGGACGGAGUUCUAUCUCUCUUCAAUAUUUCAAGAGAGACGUCAGGGAUCUUCACGUGCACAUCGACAAAUCGAGUCGGUACUGCCAGCUGCAACUUUACCUUAGCAGUGAUGCCUGGUGGUAUGAGGGAGGGCUCUGUUGCAGGUAUAGCUGUAGGAGUCCUCGCUGGUUUCCUGGUUCUGGGGAUCAUUAUCUUCUGCUGCUGGCGCAAAAAGGGCAAAAAGGACAAGUAUGCUGAGGGUGCUCCUGCAGGAGUGGAGUUCUAUGACAGAGAUGCUCCUGAGGCUGGAGAGCAGUACUUGGACAACGAGACGAGCAGCGAGACAAAGCAGCACAAACAGCACGAAGAGAAAGAAGCUGCUCUACGAAGCACUUACACUGCAGCAGUUGGACACACGUUUGACGAUGAUCAAAACAGUCACAGUGGCAAGGGCAGUGACAUCGACUCUAAACGUUACCGGGACGACAAGCCUAAUCACUAUCGUGGGAGUCGAGAGCACCUCGACGAUAAACCUAGCUAUCAUAGUGGAAGCCGUGACCGCCUUGACGAACAACCCGAUCUUUCCCGUGGCAGCCGUGACCGACUCGACGAACAACCCGAUCUCUCUCGUGGCAGCCGUGAUCGACUCGAUGAGCCUCGUGAUCGUUAUGGUGGCAGCCGUGAUCGCCUUGACGAUCAACGGGAUCGUUCCCGUGGCAGCCGAGAUCGACUCGACGACCAACGUGAUAAUUACCGCGGCAGCCGAGAUCAACUCAAUGAGCCUAGUGAUCGUUAUGGCGGCAGUCGAGAUCGCCUUGACGAUCAACGGGAUCUUUCCCUUGGCAGCCGAGAUCGACUCGACGACCAAUGUGAUAAUUACCGCGGCAGCCGAGAUCGACUCGAUGAGCCUCGUGAUCGUUAUGGCGGCAGUCGAGAUCGACUUGUCGACCAACGUGAUAAUUACCGUGGCAGCCGAGAUCAUCUCGAUGAGACUCGUGGUCGUAAUAGGCUCGAAAUAUAGAGACGAUCAACACAGGCCCUGAUAUGAGUAAUCCUUUCUUACUGAAGCUCUCUAAAGACCAGUAUCAUUCAUCGUAGCCAACCUGGUUGGUUUAACAUGGUUGAAGGUCUGAGUUGCUAUAUCAACCUGGCAAGUUUUGGCUCUGCACCCCAGUGGCAGCUUGCUAACAUUUAUAACCAGUUUAGGAUGACCUGAAUUAAAAAAAAUUAUAUAACAAUAGCAACUAUACAAUAUUUAGAAUAGUCAACAAAAAGAAAAACUAUAUAAUGUCUUGGUAUCCUGAUAUAGGAGAAAAACAGGUGGUAAAGAAAACAUGAGCAUGUGGUUCGUCUAAUUACACAGAAUCUGAAUUCAUUAACUAAACCUAAACUUAGCCGAGGUGCUGUCAACAUGCUGUAUGUAUCACAUUAGUCAAAGAGGAAAUAAAAAUCAAAUCUGAUGGUAAACAGACAUAUUUUCCUUUUUAAAUUGUUUAUUACAUGAGUAUUGUUUCUCUCGUAGUGUUUUUCGUAUUUGAUAAAAAAAUAACAACUCAUAAAUCUCAUAAAUGACUAAUACCCUGCACACUUAGGACACCUAGGUAUUGCAGUAAUUAUUGAAAAAAUAGUAGAGUAUUAUGAAUAUUAUUUACACUCCAUGAACUUUUUUUGCAUUAUAUCUGAUUGGAAAUGUCUGUUCAAGUCAUGGUUUAAAAUGAUGCCAUUUUUUAUGUGUGUAAUGAAGAUCUGUCAAUAGCCAAGCUUAUUAAAUCUUUUUUUCUAUC